UAAAGGUGUUUUAUUUUGUUUUAAUAUGUUUGUGUACUGUGAGCCGCAUAGGAAGGCCUUGGCAGUUAUAGACAGCCUAUAAAUACACAUAUAAAUAAAUAUUUCAGAAUAGGUAGUGUGAAAAUAAUACCCUCUGUUGCUUAUGAAUCAGUUUAUUUUGUAUCUGCUUUCCUGAUAGUUACCAGUACAUUUUCUGCCUAUGUGAGAAUUAAAACUUGUUUUGCCUUGCCAUGCCUUCCCUUUAAUUAUUUGAUAGCAGAUAAUAUUCUUUCCAAGUAUAGCAUUUGAAAAACUUUUGAUCCUUUUGUAUAGGAAGUGGAAAUGCCAUUUUUUGCAGGAGUAUAUGCAAUCCUCUGCAAGAGCCUUUGAAACCAGGGUAUGUAGCAUCUUCAAGAGAUUCAUGCUUGUUUUUGUUAUUUUACUGCAUAAAUAUUGCAUAUGUAGUUGCAACUGACAGGUGCGAUUCUUUGCAGAAAAGAAUGAUAAAUGAGCUAUUGCCAUGAAAAUUUGUGAAACUGUUAUUAUUUUUCACUUGGUUAUUGUAGGAUUCCCCCCCCCACCUGUUUAAUUAUUUUGCUGGGAAAAUAGCUGUUAGGCUAGUGGUAUUAAGUAUAUCGCAUUUUCAUUAGUGGCAGGUGCUGGCGCAUUGCACAGGUCAGAGUUCUUAUUAAAAUACAUGGUAACUGGAGGAGCUCAGUAUGUACCUUGAAAGAAAACUGCUGAUAUUUCUUAGUGAUGUGCAGGUGGUUAAGUGUGUGGGUGCUGCUACCAUGGCAAUGCUUUCUAUUGCCAAAGUGUUGAUAUUCUUGCUUACUGGAAACUGUUAAAAGGCGAGGUACUCAAGACAUGCAAUCUCUUCUUGUCUGGCAGCACUGAAGGAAAUAAACCUUCUGUUUAAGUGAUGAUGCAAUUGGAGUGGUUUGUUGCAAGUUCUGCGGAGCUGGGAGGUAUUUGGAGAAGAAUGCGGUUAGAAACUGUAGGCUUAACUCCACAGUGGGAAAAAUGAAUGCUGGGCCUUCUGGCUGGGCAGAGUAGCAGAGGCAAACAUACCCAUUGGCUUAGAACACAAUAGCAUCACUUGUAGUGUCUUUGAACAUGGUGAAAGUAUUUCAAGGAAUGUCAAAAGGUAUGUUGCGUGUGUGUAGCCUGCAAGGAUCAAAUCUGCAAGUGCUGUUAAAUAAGCAGCACACUGCAGAGAGAUCUCACAUCGGUUGGCUUCUAGGUUUCUUAAAAUCACUUUUCUGACUCACAAGUUUUAGGAAGGCUAAAUUGAUGUAAAUUAAACAAGAAAAAGACCUAUAGAAACAGCAGUGGAACAGCUAGGAGAAUAGAAAGAACUUUUUAAAAGAACAGAGUAGUGCAUAAGGUUUAAUCCUGGUCUAUAAAUGGUGGUUUAAUCCUGGUCUAUAAAUGGCAGUUAAGACUAUACAUAUAGGUUAAUCCUAUACAUACUUACCUGGGAGUAGGUCUGAUUAAACUCAGUGGUGCUUAUUUCUGAGUAAAAAUGUAUGGUAUUUUCAAUGUGAAUGUUUAGUAUGCCAGUAUUAGAGAUGUGAAAGCCUGGGAAAAAACUGAAAAAUUGGGAAAAAACAUUUUAACUUAAUUUUUAUGAAAAACAAAACAACUUAUUUUGGGGAGAGGGAAUGGAAACAGUUUCUCAGUUCUUGUUCCCAUCUUCCUGAGCCUUCACAUCUCUAGCCAGAAUUGAAGUGCUGAAGCUCAUAUGCAAGGGAAGAAGGGAAUGGGAAGGAUAAAGUGUGUGUGGGAGGAUUCUCAGCUUGUCUUCAGACCAAUGGAAGUUAUUAUUUGUUUAUUAUUUGAAAUAUUUAUAUACCACCAUUAACUAAAUUAAGUCCAGAACAGUUUACAAGAUUGUAUGAUAAACAAAAUAAAAGUGAAAGAAAAUGCAGUCAGCAGAUACAAGUAAAUCAGUUAGUGAGAUUUUAAAAUGCAUACAUAUCGGUUUAUUGGCCAUGGUCACUGAACUGCUCUGCCACCCUGACCAUGUCUCCUCAGAAGAAAGCCCUAUUGAGUUCAAUGGGGCUUGCUCUCAGGGAAGCUGGUGCAGGAUUACACCUUUAAGCAACAUGUAUUUGCUUUUUUGCUGCAUCCAUUGCCUGCAAUCUAAUUCUAUGACCUCUUUUCUCUAGCAUUCUUAUUCAGGCCUGGGCAACAUAAGGCUGGAGGACAGAUUUUGGCUCUCUCUCUGAUUAUUCACACUCCCUGCUGAAAUACCAGAUACCUUUUGUUUGCAAACAUUCUUAAAAUACGAAGCAGAACUUCCUGUUGGCAGAAGACAUGCUGAUUCUUACUUGAAAGGGCUGUUCAUCUGUGUCCAAUGAAGCUUUGAAUCAUGCUUUCCACCAAUUUACCUGAAGCAGAAGUUAUUUCCUCUGUCUCCUUUUUAAAAAGAAUGGAGAUACAGUGGCCAUGUUGCAAUCCUCCAGAAGAUAAGCACUACCAUUCUCUUACUACUGAUUUAGGGGUGGAUCUGCAACUGACAUUGAGCAAUUUGCUGACACCCAUCUAGACUUUUAAAUCCAAACUAGGAAUGUGGCAACUCACAGAGGCUGCAUUUGGUGGUGUCAUGUGAAUGAGCAUGGUUGAGGUUCCAGCUUUCAUGAUCCUCUUUCCUUCUGCAUGGCUGAGAGGAACUUGGAAGUUUCUGCUUUGUUUUCACUUAUACCAUCUGGUUUGUAUUAUACCAACUUGAAAGCAUGGUUUCAAGUUGGCUUGUUUCAAAGUUGGUUGGUUCAGAUAAUGACAAACGGCAGUUAAUCAAAGCAGAACUGUCCAAGCUCCUCUCAGUCACAUGGAAAGGGGAGAGAGUGAAUGGACCUGCAUGAAUUUAGCAUGAUAUCCAAACAUGUCCAUGCUUAUCCACUGCCCAACAUCGGCAUCUAUAUCUGGCUUACAGGGACCAGUUGAGGUUGUUCAGUUCACAUGGGCAGCCUCCUGGGAGGAAUGCAUUUAUUUAUCUAAAUUAUUGUUUAUUGUAUUUUCUUAAGAUAUUUGAAGGUUUACUUUUUUAGGGAGUAACAUUCACAAGACAGCAUACACAAUCGAACUAGGAAACACUGAGAAACAUUCAUUAUAAAGUCCCAAAAAUACUGAGCAGCUGAUUAGAAAGUCUUCAGGACACAUUUGAAGACAGCUGCAGUUCCAGGUGAUGUGCUUGGGAAUGAAAGUGUUUGUAAAAGGAUGCGUUAACUGCGCCUUCCGAAGACCAGCCAGGUCAGGGCAGGAGGGGUAUGUGUGUAUGUUUUUGUACAUUUUUCUUUUCCAGUUUUUCCCUGGAUUUCCGGGAGGGGGGUAUUUAUGCCAUAUUCAGGUUGUGUGUGUAUGUAGGUGACCCUGAGGCAAACAAAGGAGCCAUUUCCAGGGCUAAGGCAAUCUUUGCCUGUCAGUGGCAUAUUUCCACCUGCUGCUCAUUCUGCAGACAUAUAAAGGGUUUCCCCCUCCCUCCUACAGAGUUCUUCCCCAUUGAGGGGGGUACCACGUGUCCUAACCCCUCGAAACCAGGGGCUCUUGGCGUUAGGUAAUCUGUCCGUCUCUGUCUCUCCCCACCCCACCCCAUUCCAUUUUUAAACCUCAAAUUGCAAACAGUACCAAAACACUAAUUAGGGAAAAGGAGCCUGGAAUAGGUAAGUCUGAACAGUAGGGGCCAUGGAUAAUUUAGUUGUUAGGGUGAGUGGAGAUUUCAUAAGUGGGGAGUUGCCACCAAGAAGUCCUCGUUCGUAGAUCCUGCCUGUCUAAUUAACCUUCCCCUAUGAACAAUCAAGCAGGUGCCCUGUGGCUGGUCUUAACAUGGGGGCAAGUUCUUGUGGGUCAAGGCAACCCUUUAGAUAGUCUGGCUUCAUUAAAUAUGAUAGAACAGGUUGAGCUUAUACUCAUCUUCUUGGGAACAUGUGAAACAGUCAAGCCAUUAUGCCUUCAGGAUUCAACUAAGAGGCAUGCUUACAAAGAAAAGAUAUCAAACAUGUGUGAGGGAAAUAGCUGAUCCCCCUUUAUGCAGAAACAAUUUGUUUACAACAAGCACUUUUCAAAGAAACCAAGUUUUUGUUCUAGAUUCAUGUGAUCAUCAGGGAAAGAAGCCACAGUGGUUUUCUCCUCACCCCCAUAGCAGUCAUAUGAUUUGCCUAUUACUUCCACAGUGCAUGGGUUGCCACGUUCCCAAACCUAGCAAGAUGUGCAGCAGGAGCGGCUUGCUGUUGCAGGAGUGGCUUCCAAGCCACCACGGAAUGCUUGGUUGGAAGCCACCCCAGUGCAUACCUUGCCAGGUUUAGAUGACAAGGGAAGCUGUAUCCCACUAGGGUCACUAGGCAGAUGGUGCAGUGCUGUGGGGGAAGCAGUGAGACGCCACCAUGACUUCUUUUCCACUGUGAUCAUGGGAACCUGUCAAUUUUUUGCCCUCACUCGCUCCCUUCUGACAAUUGAAAAUGGAGGAAGCUAAUGUGGAGGAAGGUUAGCAACCAGUGCUUUCAUCCUAUUUGAGAAAUCUACAUCCAGCAAAAGGAUUUAUUUUUAGUGAAGGUCAGAUUCCUUCCCCAUCUCAUCUGCUGUUGCUGGAAUAGAAGCUGAAAAAAUAGGAGUUUGUGUUCAUUGAUUUGGAUUUAGCAGUACUGUGCAGUUUUAAUCCACAAGCUUAAACUGUGUUACCUAAGAAAGAAUUCAGGCUAGGAACUGAAAGUUUCCGGUGGCCUUUCCUGAUAUUUCUAUUUGAUAUCUGUAAAGAAGAAGUGCAAAUGUAAUUUAGAUCUUGCAAGAUGAAAAAUGGAAUUAUGAAUUAAAUUUUUGCAUACUUAUAUAUUUAAUAUCUUUUGACUAUGCAUGGGGAGGGUAGAAAGGCUAUGUCAGACACUGUAUCAUCACCUUGCCCUCUAUAAAUCCUUUUCAGCAUCUCCUCCUCCUUUGCCCUCACUUCUGAGAUUUUGCAUAGGUUGGAAAGGCAAUUUAGAAAUUUUUGAAUAGUAUUAUAAUUUUCUCAUAAAUUCAGUUAGAGUUUUGGAUUCGGAUUCAGGAAAUCCAGGUUCUAGUCCACACUCAGCUGUGAAGUUCACUGGGUGACUUUGGAUCAGUCACUGCCUCUUAGCCCAACUUAUUUUAUAAGAUUGUCAGAAUAAAAUGGAGAGGAGGAGAGAAAAAAAAUUAGAAACAUAGAUUUGACUGUAUCUAUUAUACAUAAACUUCAUCAAAAACAGGCCAAAUAUCCAUAUAUGUGUCCAUUUGAGAGUGGUGUCUGUAUACCACCUUUUCGAAAGUUAAAAGUGCUUUUGGGUCCUCAAUCCAUUGCAUUGUAGGAGCUUGCAGUGUUGUAAUAUUAAUUUUUUAGCUUUCAAAAGUGCACGGGAAAUCCAUUGAUGUUGAUCAUGCAUUAACUUCCAAGAAGCUGGUAGAUUUUAUCUUUUCCCUUUUUAUGGUUUUGUCUUGCAGACAUGUUUAAUAAAAAUAAAUUAAAAAUGGAGAGGAGGAGGGUGAUGUAUAACACCUUGGGAUCCUUACAAGAGGCAGGCAGGACAUAAAAUAGGAGUUGCUGUUAAGAAAGCAAGCUGAGCUUCUGAUGAAUCUGAAUCGUGUGCCAAAAAUGAAACAUUAAAGCAUGUGCAGCACAGUCUGAUUGCUGCAAGCACACAGUGUACUUUUAAUUGGCUUAGGGGUGCUGUGUGCACUCCUCUGCUCCAGGUUGUAGCUUCUUGCAGGACGUAUGUUUGUUACUGAACAUCACAAGUUGUUUGACCCCGACGUAGAUCACUUACUGAAAGACAAGGAUCUCCGUUCUUUAUGGAUUUAGGUGCCACGUUGUAGGCAAGCUGCCCAGGACUUUCCAGAAGUAUGGCUGGUAAUUACUUGGCCAAAAGCAUGUUUCUCCAUGUAAUGGAAACUAAAAGAUCAGUGCUGUUUUGUUGAUAGUUAUAAAUACUCAUAAUUUCUCGUUAUAGUAGUUGCAUGGCUUAUUGUUCUGUAUUUAUAAUUCUUGAGAAGUAAGAAGUACAUUUUCCCUGUUUCCAAACACCCUUACACAGAAAAAUAAGCUUAGACUGGAAUGAUAAGCACAUUUAUCUGGGAGAAAGUCCUGCUGAAUUUGAUGGGGCUGGCUGCUGAAUAUAAAUACAUAGGGGUUUGCACUGCAUUUGUAAGCAUAUCAUGAAUCCUGUUUUGGUGUAAAGAGUCUGCAAUUGGUGCAAAGAGUCUGCCCCAGCUUGAUGCACUCCAGAGGUGUUGAAGAGCAAUUUCCAGCAUCCUCUAGCCGGGCUGCAACAUGUGUGGAAGGUUCCAGAGGUUUCAUUGAGAAGAUGGCUUGCAAGGGACUUGCCAGUUUUGGACAGCAAUUGUUACGUCGGAAAGUGGUAGACUGUACAAGAGAAGACAGCCGGCUUUCACGGUGCCUCAACACAUUUGACUUGGUUGCUCUUGGUGUAGGCAGCACACUUGGGGCAGGAGUUUAUGUUCUUGCUGGGGCUGUGGCCCGAGACAACGCAGGACCAGCCAUUGUGAUCUCCUUCCUGAUAGCUGCUCUUGCCUCUGUGCUAGCUGGACUUUGCUAUGGAGAAUUUGGUGCUAGAGUUCCAAAGACUGGGUCUGCUUAUCUCUACAGUUAUGUGACUGUCGGUGAACUUUGGGCCUUCAUCACUGGCUGGAAUCUAAUUCUUUCCUAUGUCAUCGGAACAUCAAGUGUGGCCAGAGCAUGGAGUGCGACAUUUGACGAGCUCAUAGGCAAGCACAUUGAGAUGUUCUUUCGACAGUAUAUGUCCAUGAAUGCUCCUGGUGUGCUAGGAGAAUACCCGGAUGUCUUUUCUGUUUUCAUUAUUGUCAUCUUAACAGGACUUCUAACUUUUGGUGUGAAAGAAUCAGCAAUGGUUAACAAAGUCUUCACCUGCAUCAAUGUUCUCGUCUUGGGCUUUGUGAUGGUGUCAGGUUUUGUGAAGGGAUCGAUAAAAAACUGGCAGAUCCCAGAAAACUUCACAGUUGUCAAUGUCACGGAUGUUAAACUUGGCAGUGGUGGAUUUACACCCUUUGGUUUCUCGGGUGUCCUCUCAGGGGCAGCAACCUGCUUUUAUGCAUUUGUAGGAUUCGACUGCAUUGCCACCACAGGUGAGGAAGUAAAAAAACCCCAGAAAGCAAUUCCAAUAGGGAUUGUAGCAUCGCUUCUAAUAUGCUUUGUCGCAUACUUCGGCGUGUCAGCUGCUCUCACCUUAAUGAUGCCUUACUACCUGUUAGAUAAAAAUAGCCCACUACCAGUUGCUUUUAAGUAUGUGGGAUGGGAAGGCGCAAACUAUGCCGUGGCUGUUGGUUCACUCUGCGCCCUUUCUACAAGUCUGCUUGGAUCCAUGUUCCCAAUGCCUCGAGUUAUUUAUGCUAUGGCAGAAGAUGGGCUACUGUUCAAGUGUUUGGCUCGUGUUAAUGAAAGAACAAAGACUCCAGUGAUUGCUACAUUAGUAUCAGGAGCUGUUGCAGCUGUGAUGGCCUUUCUCUUGGACCUGAAGGAUCUCGUCGACCUUAUGUCCAUUGGGACACUCCUGGCCUACUCCUUGGUGGCUGCCUGUGUAUUGGUACUAAGGUACCAACCCAAGCAGCCUAACCUGGCAUACCAGAUGGCUAGUACAACUGAUGAACUGGACAACAAUGAAUCUGUGAGCACCAGUGACUCGCAGACUGGGUUUCUACCCAAGGAGGAGGACAAAUGCUCCCUAAAAGAGAUUUUCUUCCCCUCAAAUACUGAUCCAUCCAAACGUUCUGGAUUUGUAGUGAAUGUCACCUCCUGCAUCAUAGGUGUUCUUAUCGUCGCCUUCUGUGGCCUGACCGUCCUUGGCAAAGACGGUCGGAUAAAUGGGUCCCCGUUGGUUAUCACCCUGCUUGUUGUGGUCAGCGUGCUGUGCUUCAUUUGCACCGUGAUUAUUUGGAGACAACCCGAAAGCAACACCAAGCUCUCGUUUAAGGUCCCUUUUCUUCCCAUCCUUCCAAUCCUGAGCAUCUUUGUGAAUGUUUAUCUCAUGAUGCAGCUGGAUGGUGGCACCUGGAUACGGUUUGCAAUCUGGAUGUUUAUAGGUUUAGUCAUUUAUUUUGCCUACGGGAUGUGGCACAGCGUGGAGGCAUCUUACUCAGCACCAACAGACGCAGAAAGAAGUAUGGACAACAACGUGGAUAGCUGCAAAUGAUUGAUAGCCUUGUUUACACUGAAGGACAGCUGAGCUUUCCACUGCAGAGAAGGAUGCUUUUCUCUCUGGGACCCUGAAGUAUUUUAUUUUGUGGAACAUUAAGAGGACCCCCAUGUCUCGCCACUGCCCCUUGCAGCUUGCUUUUACCUCUGUGGUGCAGCCAUUAAGAAUCACAAGGAGCAAGGCCGGCUUCUGGAGCAUCCUCAACUAUAUCAUUCCUCACUGCUGGAAGCCCUUUCCCCCCCAGCCGUCUUAUCAUAAGUAUAUGGAAAGAAAAUGGCUUCUCUGCUUCCAAUGCUGCUAUAAGACCAGAUUUUUCAGAGGGUCUGCAAAUUAACUCAUUAGGUACUGUACUUGGAUUUAAAUGGAACGAACUCAGCUUUGUCCAUCUCCAAGUCACCCAUGUGGCAUGACCAAGAAUAAUGCCUUGCCUACAAUACAAACAAGUCUUCUUGGGUGGCAUUAAAAAGUGCUAGGACCAAUUUGUUUUAAGAAAAGAACUGGUCAGCAUUGUUGAUUUGUACUAUUUAAAGUUUCUGUGCAUCAGAAUUUCUGUGCUUUGAAAUGAAACAUUGCAGUGGUCUUCUUUAGGGUGCUUUAGCUUGCUGGCUGAAUUCUUGCUCUUCUUUAAGAAAACAGCAGAUCCUGCUGCUCAUGAGAGAAGCUUUUGUAUAACACUGUGUAGAAAACAUGAUUCCUUGUUCAACUCCUAGUAGGUCAGCUCUGCAAAGUUGAGAAAAGCUCUUUUUGACUGCAUGGUUCGAAGUGUUGGUUACAUCUGAGCUGGGGUACUACUGGUCACAGUUAGUGCUUUACAAUCCUUGUAUUGCUCAUUUUCACCGUAACCUUAUGAGAUAACUCACUGAUUUUCCUUGAAACAGUUGUAGUCAAACAUCCAAUGAAUUCUUUGUAUGGAUGUUAACCUAAAUCUGCUGCAUCCACCUCCCAGUACCAGUUAUGUUUUAAAAGUAAUUUAUUUAAAGUUCAUAAUUAUCAGGGUAAGAAGCUGCAUCAGGCUUAGCUUUUUUUAGUCCAUUCCUUUAUCUAUCUACCUGGGAGUAAGUUUCAUUUCAUUGAUUUCACAGAACUCACUUCUGAGUAAACAUGCAUAGAAUUUGACCAUUCACGUUCAGCUAGAAUUGGGUGAAGUGCAUGAUAAGUGAACUACAUUUGUUGCAGCUUGUUACAUAUCCUGCAGUGGCUCACUUUGUGAAGUUAAGAGCAGGAGGUGUGCAAAUACUAGAAGCAAAAAGAGUGAGAACUUGCUAUGCACAGUAGACAAGUUCCUGCAAAUGCAUUGAUAUAGCAGUUUUCCAUCGUUUAGUAAAGUGCUAUUCUUACCUGGUAAACACUUGAGAGUCCAGCUUAGCUGUGCUGAACUCCAAAUAGGAUGUUGCGCUCUUGGUUCACACACAUAUUUGAGUGAAAGCAAUACAUCCUAAUAAACAGCGGAGGCUGGCAUAUCUACUGGUGAAUUCCAAAGCCUUCUCUUAAUUUCCUGUGGGGUGUGGGGCAGGAAUCAUAGAUUUUAUAUGUAUCUAAAGUGGACAGAGGUUCACUUCUUUGUAAAAAUCUGAGGUAACAAAGGAAAACACUAAUCCAUAGAGAUAUUUGCUGUAAAAACAAAACUUCUGAUAAAUAUUGUAACUUUUAAUUCCUAUUAUUAUUUUUCUCUUCCAUUGCCAGUUUUCUUGCAAAACAGGUUUUAUUAUUAUUAUUAUUAUUAUUAUUAUUGAUGUUGUUGUUGUUACUAUUGUUCAGUAUUUAUGUCCAGCUGCUUUAUAUAUUGCAUUUGAGACAAAUUAUGUGGAAAACAGUGGCACUUAAAGGGAAAUCUUUAUUUUGUAAGCAGGUUAUUUUUAUGUGAGAGCAAUGUUUUUGUGUGGCAACCUCAACUGGUGUUGGGGAAGGGCUGCCUGCUCAAUGACAGACCACCUGUUUUGGGUGUAGAAGCUCAUCCCAGCUUGUGUCUCUGGCCAGGUAGGCCUGGCAAAGGCUUUUGCCUGAGAGCCAGGAGAGUCCCUGGCAGUGUAAGCACUGCAAGUAAUGGCUGUGACUCAGUACAAGGCAGCUUCCCAUGUUCCCAUCCUUAUCUGGCACUAUCCUAAAGCAUUGCUUUUGCAGCAGUCAUCUCAUAACAGCAAUUGGAGAGCAACCGGAAAAAGGCAUUAAAAGAACAGUUUUUUUGUUCUUUAAAGAAUGAGUUAGGCUUUGGUUUAUUGACCAGCUUCCUCUUGUGCCACAGCAAACCCUUCAUUGAAGGAACACAGAGAUCAAGUCAGGGUGUCAUACCUGACAGGAAGGGAUAGGUCUGGCUUGCAGUGCGUUGGCUGCAUUUGUGGUUUGAUCAGUUCUUUCCUGUGCCAUUUUAUGAGACCUUCUUAUACCAAACAUCCAUUUCAUCUCAGUAGGACCAAUGUGGUCUCAUCGGACAGACUCCAUUGAUGACUUUGGAGUUAGAGCCAAUGUCUCCCCUAUUCUGGGGCCAUACGGGCUCUGAAGGUUGUUUCACACAUGAACAAAUUCCUCUACUGAAAUGACACCCAUUUAGAAAUGUGUCAUUCCUUUGUGUAGAAUUGCAGGCGACCCAUCCUCUUGCUCUCUGAACUUUGAAUUUAAAGUUCGUGGAAUGUGUGCUAAUAUAAAACUGUCACAGAAACAGCUCAAACUGUCACUUUCACAAAAUGCUGUGUGAACGAAGCAGUUUGAAGACUGGGUUACUAUGGGCUACAGCUCAGUUAGCUGGACUUGCUGCCUGUUAUAUUUCCAAGUCAAAUUAAGGAACUGGUCAAUAUUUCGAGACACUGAGACUUUGUGGGCCAAGUUUGCCUUUGGAAGUGUCUUCACCCUCAUGAAUGCCCAGUCUCAUUAAGCAGGCCAGGCAUUGCUUCACAUUCCACUUGCGCAAGCAGUGGAACCGAAAAUUGGCCGAGUAGGUCCCUAACUCUGUCACUUUGUUCACAAAAGAGAACAGCUCAGGGUAACACACUCAUGCUAAUUCUGUUCUAGCAAGCAUUUAAGACUGAACUCUCCAGAUCCUGUGUGGUCAUAGUGGUAAAAUAAGAAACUAUUGCAAAUUUCACAACCUUUUUCAUGUAUUUUUUCAACUAGGAGGGAAAACCAGUGUACAAAUCUUAUAAAUAGAGCAGAAUGUUUAGGUUCUGUGUCCUUGCUGUUUGCAAACUUACAAUUGGCGUUCUCUAAGAAACGUCUGUUUCUUUUCAAAUGUGGCAUUUAUGCAGUGUUCUCCUUGGAAAUGCCUCUUGGUAAGCAUGUUGUCAUGUGCAAAGGAGCCCUGUUUGCAUCCUUUCUACUGUGGAAGGUCGCAUUCUAUUAAAAAUAGUCUAAGAUAGCAUCUCUCUGGCCUCAUCUUCAGCUGACCUCAUCACAGGUGCAGGGCCUCCUUCUCAACCAGCAGUCUCCAACCUGGUGCCCUCCUGAGAUAGCUCCAAUCAUCUCCACCUAGCAUGGCCACUGUCCAUUAAAUUUUAGUCCAACAUAUUUGGAGGGCAUCAAGCUGGGAAAGAUUUUUUAAGCAGUGCAGAUACUCGAGUCAGAUAUGCAGGAGCACAUCGAUUCCGGUGUUCAGGGAAGGUGAUCUGACUACCCUCUGCAAUCAUAGGUGUCCUGCAAAGCUAAGAGGAGAGGUAGCACCUGGGCAGGGCCUCAGGGAGAAUAACCUCACCAAGCCCUACUUUUGGAGAGAGCGAGAGAUUUUACUGGUACCAGCAGCUACUGCCUCUCUGCUGCAGUGACCUGUACUGGCGGGUGGCAAUCUCCUUGCACUGGUGAAACCUCUGUUCCCCCUUCCUUAGCAGUGAAACCCUGGAACAAAGAUCAGGUAGCCUCUGCCUCUCUAUGUACAAACAGGUGUCCUUUGAGGUUAUGGGUGAAACCUCAAAGGUGCUGCUGCAGGCUUGCUGUCGUGAGGAACUGACCAACAUUUAUUGGAGCUUGUAUUUGUAAAUAGCUGGGUGACUUAUUAUGCUGUUUUAACAAGAUUGUUUUGUAUAGCUGCUGGGGGACUGCAGUAUAGAAGGCUGUCUUCUGAAGUGUGGCUUCCUUUGUAAUGCUUGUGGUAAAAACAAAAGAGGUCUCCUCCACCAGAAUUGGAGGGUUUUGUAGAAGCUGUGACUUCUUCCAGGAACUGCAGUCCUUUUCAUUCUUAUGAGGGUUUCCCCCCUUGCUUAGGUACAUGUCAUCAAAGUGUGCACAUCCAGUAGGGAGAGUGUAUGGGGGGUGUGCACACACAAACCUCAUGAUCACUGUGUGCUGCAUUUGUGGUUCUUUAUCUAAGAAGGGGAAAUGUGCACCGCAAAGCACGCGAGGGGGACUAACUUGUUUUUGUUCAAAACCUCAUCCCAGUUUUGCAUCUUUAGUAAUUAAGGUUCCUGUGUAACUUGACACAUGACCCCUUCAGCCUGUGGCAGUUAGCGAAUCCAUAAUUAUGGCUAGGAUGGGUCUGGAAGCCAAAGCUUAUAGGACGAUUUUCAUAAAUGUGUAAUAAAUGGUUGCCCAGAAGUUUAUGAGCAGGCAGCUACUAACCAGUUAGGCAAUUGAUGCUAACUCAGAAUUUGAUUAUCACUUCAGUAAGAAUAGAUUCCGUUUCAAAACCUUUCUGUAUCACAGGAUGUGUUACUGUACCGUCAGAGUGGAGGAAACCAUGUCUGAAUGUAGCUCUGUUAAACAGCAGUCAUGUUUGCAGUUUUAAUAGGAGGCAAUGGUGGUGGGAGGAGCAGUGGAAUUCUACCUUAAUUUCACUGCCAAACAGUGGAUCAUCAUUAUCGACAAUUUCAGUUUUCUAACUUGUAGAUUUUGAAAGUGUUGGUGCUCCCCAUGUCCAUCCCUGUGGGCACAUACUCAGCAGGAGGGGUCCAAAAUUGCUGGUGGUUGUGCUGAUCUAUAUCAACAAACUAAUUUUUGCAGUUCUGAAAGACUCUGAACUGCCCAUUCAAGCCCAAGCCACCCCAAAACACAUUGCAUUGGAACAGGGAAAUUCUGUUGCUGGGAAGUAUUCCUAGGAAGGCCAUACAAAAGGAGAUCCCAUAUUGUUCUUUCUGUAUUAACCCAUGCUCAAAGGACUUCUGUACAGCUGCUCUCUCUGCAUUAAAACAUCUUUCAGAGUUUUUUCCCAUGUGACUCUGACUUCUGUAGAGCUAAAUAUGGAUGUCAUGCAGGGUUUCCCUGGAAGGAAGGUAAUGUGAUAUUCUAUUAUUUCAUCUCCCUUGAAAUUGAAGAUAAUGAGACAAGGUUAUUUAAGUUGAUACAACAGCUGCUGCUUGAACAAUUAAGGGCACAGUCCUAUAUAUGCUAAGACAGCCAAAAGGACUAAAAUUCCCAACAUGCUGGGUAUUAUAGGUCUUUUUGUUGUCUCAACAUGUGUAGGAUUAUUGUUUAAGGCUGCAAUCCUAAAUACACUUUCUAGAGGGUAACCUCUGUUGAAGACAGUGGGCUAUGCUUAAGAGUAAACAUUUGUAGGUUUGCACUGUAAAUUUAAAUAAAUUUGCACACUACCAAAACUUGAACACGGGUGCCUUUUUGAGACAGUUCAAUAAAAACCUUUUUACUUACUAAAUUGAAAAUUGUUCUCCCACAUCUCUUAUUGCCUGCCAUAUUAGCUCCAAAAUAGCCUAAAAUGAACUCUGUCAAACUCCAUCACUUGAAAUGCACACGCAUUGAUUAGAAGGAGCUUUUAUGUGGCCCUAACUGUAAUGAAUUUUUCCUGACAGGGAUGGGAAAUCCCAGUAUCGAUUUAUCUGGAGGUAAAUCCUAUUGAAUAUAAUAGGACUUGCUUUUGAGUAUCUAGAAACAGGAUUGUUCUGUACAUAAUUCUGAUUUUUAUCAGGCUGCGGUUUGUUAACAUGUGUUCAGUGGGGCAAAUCUGGAAUCCUGUCCCCCUUUCAUGUACCUAAGCGCUGAUUUAACAUCUUGAGUGUGUGGCAGUGCGAGGCAGAGCAACAUCGUGCCCCAUCUCUGUUAGAAUGCAUUUGUUCAUGAGUCGAGUGUGAGUAUGUGAUGUAGACAGAUACUGGCACUUCCCCCCCUUCAUUGAGAUUUCAGCACCAUCCUUUAGGUGUCUGUAAAAAUCUCUGAUUUUUUCCAUUGUAAAAAGGCCAGGGACUUAUUACAUAGAGUCAACAUAAUAACCAUCCUGUGAUACUCCCUUUACUGUCUUGUUACUUAGGACUUGGUGCUGUUAGAGCGGAGCCAGAGCGUUAUGGGAAGAGUGUCUGCUUUUGCUUUAUAUCCAAAGCCAGAUUGUCUCAGGGUUUAUUUCCUCCGUGAUGUUAAACAGCAAAGGGUCUUGUAGUUCCUUGAUGACUAACAGUUGGCUGUUGGAAUAAGCUUUCUUGGAUGUGGUCUGCUUCCUGUCCCAAGAAAAAAAAAUGCUUUGCUAAGAUAAUGAAGAGCGUAGGCAGUGAAAUUGAAAACGGCACUGUCUUUCCCCCCAAUUAUGGAAGGGUCAUAAUGUGUGUGUUUGAUGAAAUGGAGAAUUUCCUGUUAUUACGUUGUGCCUUUUGAUAUAUGUUUGUCUGGUCUCAGGAGCACAAAGAAUGCGUUUCCCACCAUUUGGGAUUGUAUGUUACAAUUCUAUAGGAAUGUGUGAGGUUUCUUCAGGAAUACAUCUCUAACUAACCAAGAAGCCAUGAAAGAACUUGUGCAUAUUUUUAUUGAGUAAAAUGUAUAUACUUCGUUGACUGUUCUAUUUUUCUAAUGAUUUCUUCAGAAUUUCUUAAUGUUAUAGAAUUAUUCUCCUUCUCCUGCUGACAGCAGUUCUCAUUUCAGUGGAAUUUCUUAUUCUUUGGAUCCUCCUUGCUUUAAAUAAAAGCCUUGUUUUCACUUUUUUAAUGUGAAAUUUACCUGGAACCUCUACUUCAUAAAGAUAUUUCUGUCAAAUGACACUGUAAAUAUGUGCCCUUCAUAAACAGUAUGUUUUUCUUGACUUCAAAAAGAUCAAUGUGUAAAUAUGUGAUAUGACAUUAAAAUGAUUCUCUGAAAUUUAAA